UUAUUUGAAUUUCUCAACACAAAUCAGCCCCUGCAUCUUAAUUAUACUAGUUAAGAUGACUGGCAUUACCUGAGCAUGUUCACGAUUAAUGGGAGAGUUGUUGCAUACGCUGGGAGGCGAAGGCGUACGAUCAACUUCAGCUCACAUUGAUCCAAUUAUCACUGCAGCUUGCAAGCCACAGUCACAGCAUCAUCAUCGUUCUGCUCCUCCUCCAGUUCAUGACUUGAUGCUCCGGGCUCUCACUGCUGUGUUUGGCAUGGAUCAAACCAAUUGCAGAAUAAACAAGGAGAAAGCACGUCAAGUGGUGGAGAUGCUAGGUUUGGUUGAUCAGGCCGGUGAGGACAUGCAAGACACUAAUCACUUUGACCUGCCUGGUGGUGGUGGGUUGGAGGAGGAAAUACCCUUGGAGGAGGUGCUAGGAGUAGGAGGAUUAAUGGAAGAUGGGUCGAAGCGGAAUGAGCCGCAACGCCAAGACUUCAGAAAUUUUGAUGAGGAUGGCAACGGAUUUAUGGACGCAUUAGAGUUGAAGAGGGUGCUGCAAUGCUUGGGUUUGGACAAUGGGUGGGAUAUGGCUCAAAUUGAGAACAUGUUGAAGGUUGUAGACUUGAAUCUGGAUGGAAAGGUAGAUUUUAGUGAGUUGAUAAUUAUGGCCUAA